ACACUUACCGAGCUUGCGAUCCGACAUGAAUUUUUCUACCUCAGAUAGAAAUUACAUGUUAGACCCCAAAAUAGGUGCGAGUUGUGAUAACCAGGAAUCUCAGCAGUAACAAUCGCGAAUGCACUCCUGCAUGCGCAGUAAAAAUGUUGAACGGGGACGAGGAUGAUACUGCGACUGCGCCUCUGUACACAGCCUGCGACGAAGAACAUGACUCUGCCCCGGAAAAGGAAGUACAAUACUAUGACAGAAGACGUUUUCGCUCUAUACAUGUCUUUACGGCAAUUUGCUAUCUCAUCCUCAUGGGUAUGCACGUCAAGCUCUGGAUUCAUUCCAAGAAACUAGAGUCUGACUUGCGUACCAUGAAACCCGAUCUCUUUCCAUCUCUGGCACAUUCUUCAGCUUUCCGCAAAGACAAUCGGGUGUUCUCCUUGACAGUGGCCGAUACACCAUUUGCGGGUGACCCGAGCCUAGAACUCGAUCAGGCGUGGCACAAUCUUCUUGAAGAUUCUACUAUCAGAGUAUCAAAAGAAGAUUUGGAUUACUACAAUAUCACUUCUUUGCCUCUGGCGGAUGGUUCAGGAUUCGCAUCUGAGCUUUUUGUGACUCAUGAGCUUCAUUGUUUGAAGAAAAUCCGUCAAUACAUCUACAAGGAAACUUACUUCGAGCAUGUGCAAGGGUUUGCUCGGAAUGAGCUCAAAAGGCAUGUCGAUCAUUGCAUCGAGACGUUGAGACAAGGUAUAAUGUGUAGAGGAGAUGUCUCUCUGGCUACCUACACAUACCUACAAGGAAGCAACGACGUGACAGCCCGGAGUUGGGGCUCUCAUCAGUGCAUUGAUUUCGAAUCGCUCACUGCUUGGACUCGAGAGCGCGCUGUUGACAUAUUCCGACCAGGGGUAUUACCGAAUCCAGAAAGCCUGGGACCAGAGCAUAUUACAGCUAAGAAAGAACCACAUUGAUAAACUACAUAGAACUGCUAUCACCAUCAAAGUGCCCUUGACUGUCCCAAUUGUGUAGAGCGUCCUCCUUGGAGAUACCCCAAUCAUCAGCCCAUGAUUUUAACCGCUCAAAAUCCCUGCAUGUCCGUUCAGUUUGCCAUCCGGAGACUCCCCGAGUGGUGUAGUUCAUUGACUCAAGAUUUGAAUCCGCGAGACAAAUCAAUGACUGCCGAAGAUAUUCAAAACAAUGACGGAUGUGAUGAUGGCUGGUGCGGUGGUUCAUUUCCUCGCUUUCUGCUCCCAUUUCCUCCAGUAAUCCGUCCACUGAUGCAAAAAAAGCCAUCCUAAGGAUGUUCUAUAUAUAUGUUCCCCCUUUAUCAGCUCUUCUCCAACCUAAUACUCAUAUUUCUCGUAUUACUCACUAAGCAAUGAAGUUCAUGAAAAACAGCAAUUCCAGCAACAUUCGGAGCAAGCUUCGGAUGUUUAACAA